AUGUCAGGUCGUGUAUUUGAUAACGCUGCUUUCGAUAGGGACUCAGCAGCACCCGACCAAACCUUCCAUCAAACAUCCCAUAAGCUACAGAUGCAGCCAGCCCAGCUGAAGCCCUUCCAGGUCGCUGGUCAGCAUAAUGGGUUGCCCCGGCGCGCUGCAGUUUCUGAGGGCGCCGGUCUCAGGGAAUCGACACAGGAGCUCUUUGAGACCAGCGAAGCUCAGAUCAGAUACCGCGCUUACAGCCGGCUUCAAGCCGCCGCCGUAGCGAUGGGGGAGUCCCUAGCCAUCCCAGAAAUUGUAGCGAUCGGUGGCCAAUCGGACGGGAAAUCAUCCUUACUGGAGGCAUUCCUAGGCUUUCGCUUCAAUGUGCGCGAAGUGGAGAUGGGCACGCGGAGGCCAUUAAUUGUGCAGAUGGUGCAUGAUCCAACAGCACAAGAGCCGCGGUGCAGACUACAGGAGGAGGAUUCCGACGAAUACGGGCCCCCGAUUGUGCCCGAGACGUCCGUGGCUGACGCUAUCCAGCGCCGUACUGAGGAGCAUCUUCGUAAGAUGGGCAACAUCGCCGUGUCCUCUAAACCCAUCGUCAUGCGUGCUGAGUACGCGUACUGUCCCAACCUUACAAUCAUCGACACGCCAGGCUUCAUCCUAAAGGCCAAAUCUGGUGAACUGGACAACACUCCAGACGAGAUUAUGUCGAUGGUGAAGGCGCAGGCAUCUCCUCCGCACAGGAUGAUCCUCUUCCUGCAGCAGUCCAGUGUGGAGUGGGCAAGCUCGUUGUGGCUGCGGGUUGUGCAGGAGGUUGAUCCAUACUUCCAGCGCACGGUCAUCGUGGCCAGCAAGUUUGACAACCGCCUCAAGGAGUUUGCAGAACGGUGGGAGGUUGACAAAUACCUCAGUGCCACGGGGUACUUGCCGCCCAACGUGCGCCCCUUCUUCGUUGCGCUGCCCAAGGACCGCGCCAUUCAAAGCAGUGCGGAGUGGCGAAGAAGCAUGGCGGAAGUGGACGCGGCAAUAUUCAAGCACUUACGCGAGGGAAUCAAGGGCGGGUUCGACGAGGAGCGCUUUGCGAGCCGCAUUGGGUUUACGAACCUUAAGAAGUUCCUGGAGGAAGAGCUUAGUCGGCGUUACCGGGAGGCUGCGCCGGCCACGCUGGCGUUGCUUCAGGAACGAUGCGACGCAGUGUCAGCUGAGCUCAUGGCGGCGGAGAUACGGCUCAAGGCGGCGGAGGAUGUGGGCGCUCUGCGACGCGCCGCCAUGAAGUACGCAGACACGGUGGCACGGCAAGUAGUGAUGAUGCUGCAGGGUUCCGCAGAGCCGGAUCCGAUACAGCACGGUCUCACGACGGAUGAGGAGCGUGCAACGUCACGGGCGCCGCAGUGGCCUGGGAUCAGCGCACCGGUGCAGCCCUUCCACCAUGAGAGCAAACUCUUCGGCGGGGCGGCUUUUGAACGUUGUUUGGAAGAAUUCCACAUGGCUGUAAACAGCACGCGCUUCCCCUCAAGCAUGAGCAGCGACCGCUUGCGCAACAUCAUGUAUGCGUACAAGGGAAAGCACCAUACGGGGGGCCCGACGAAGGCGGCUGAGGACAUCGCGCGACAGGCGGCAAAGGAGGCUCUAGGGCCUCUGCUGGACGCAGCGUGUAUUCGCUUGUCAUUCAUCCUUCGGCGCCUGUACGACAUCGCUGCCGACAGGGCGGCGGCGACGAUGGGUAGCAAGGAGAACCUGCACCCGUACAUCGCUUUCCACGCCGCCCUCCGGAGCUCGCACCAGGCCUUCAUCAACCGGCUUGAAGAGCAGGCGCGGGGAAUGCUGCGCACGCACUUGGAGGCGGCGACCAGCCAGUUUGCCAUGAACAUGUACAUCCAUGUCCCUGAUCCUGGGGACGCGGAUGAACUGGCGGACUGCAGCGAUGGCGACGUGGCGGAGGAAUGCAUGGUUGCAGGCGAGCGGUUGGACGACAGUGCAGAGGUGCUCAACGAGCGGCUCAAGGCGGUGCACCUCGCGCCAGCUGCUGGAAAAACACUGGCGAUUGGGCCGGGGCGCUUCGAGGAUAACACGCCAAGCCGCCGGGCAACGAAGUCCCGACGCGUCGGAUUGCAGCAGAACUCAGAGCGGCCCCUGAUCGCGGGGCAAGCACCUGGGAAUGGCGUGUCCGCAGGUGGGAGCAGCGUGGGUUCUUCCGCCGACGACGUCAUCUCAGCGGCCGAGUCACUCUUUCGCAAGAUCCGUUGCGCUGUGGCCACGCAAUAUGCCCCUGCAACGCUGAAGAGCACGUUCCUGGACCCCAUGUCGGACAGGCUGGCGCUUGAGGUGUCGCUCGAUCUUUUUGCACGCAACGAUGCGGAUUUUGGCAGCAUGUUCAGCGCUGCGGGCGCUGUCGCCGCUCUUGCCGCCAAGCGCGAUAUGCUGGCGCGGCGAGUUGAGGGACUGAUCAAGUGCAAGAACGAGUUUCAAGAACUGGCCAAGUGCUUGUAA